AUGCAAAGAAAGUCUUUGUGGGGUUCCUAUAAAGCAUUGUCACCGAAAACUAGAAUUACAUUGGGCCUCGGUGGAAUGUUGUUUGCUACUGCAGGCAUGUAUCUAGCUGACCUGAUUGAAGAGCAAAAACCAGCAUCUGAACUCGAGAAACAAGAGCUUGAAAUGAUGUCUCCUAUUGUCGUUGUAGACCAUCAACCCAAGAAAUAA